ACCUGGGAGGACUGUUUGGGACCCCGAAUGGAUGUAAGGGAGAAGGUGACAGGGCAGCUGUAACAUUUCUGUUGCUUGCAGGAAUGUAUGUCAAGAGGAAGGUUAGUGGAGGAAGCACUCCCUGUGGAAAGUGGAGAAUUGGGGGGGGGGCGGAGCUAAAGACGUGCUGUGGUGUCGAAUAUUUUAAUUCUGAUUCCCAAUCUCAUUGAAAACUGAAGUUGUGGAGAAUGGUGUGUUGGAUGCAGAGGCUCAUGGGGCAGUGGGCAAGGACAAGAGGAACGCUAUCACUGUUAAGACAGCGGGAAGAUGGGGUGAGUGCCAACGUCCCAGAAAUGGAGGAGACGCAGGUGAGGUCAGCAUCAAUGGUGAAGGAAGGGAAUGUUGUUCCUUGAAGAACGAGGACAUUUUUGAUGUCCUGGAAGGGAAAGCUUUAUCCUGGGAACAGAUGUGGUGGAUACAAAAGAACUGGAACAGCAUUGUUACAGGAGACAGGGUGGGAAGAGGUAUAGUCAAGACAGUAGUUUCACUAUAGAUUUUAUAAUGCCAUUUACAUGCAAAUACAUGCUAGUAUUAAUGUAUUUAUGCACAUUUUAUUCCAUAUCCAUGUUUCUAACUUCAUUUUUAUAUAAUUUUGUUCUUUGUAAUGGUUGAAUGUUUUUUUUUUGUUGCAUGUCAUGUCAACAUACCAAAUUCCCAAUUCAUGUGAUAAAGUUGACCCUUGCCCCUAUUGUCUGUCUGUACUGCAUUCUAUCUUUCAUUUAGAGAUACAGCAUGGUGCAGGCCCUCUGACCCAGGGAACUCACGUCACACAAUUACACCCAUUAGCUCUCUAACUGGUACCUCUCUGGAGUGUGGGAGGUCACGGGGAGAACGUCCAAACUCCUUACAGAGAAUUGAACCAGGCCGCUCCAAGUUUUACCUUACACUACCCCAAUACACAGAGAUACCUACUGACGGCAUGCAGAUCCAAGUCUUUCACCGUACCUCGGUACAGAUAACAAUAAUAAACUAAUUUACCUGUGUCCGUCUUAAUGUUAGUUUUGCGACAACAACAGGUUGCGUUUUGAUUUCUAUUUAACUAACAAAUGCCCCUCCACUCCGACUGGGAAUUUAACACUAUAUAAGGUUUCAUAAUUGGUGAACAAAACAUUGAAAAUGUCUCCAGCAUUUUGCGUGUGUUGCUUGGAUUUCCAGUAUCUGCAGAUUUUCUCGUUUGUGAUCUGAAAAUGUCUCAGCGAUGUCGGACUGAGAGCUUUCAUCUGGACUGGCACGGUUAUUCCCCAACCUCCUUGCGUUCCAGUCCUGAUGAAAGGCUUCGGCCCGAAACGUCGUCUGUUCAUUCCCCUCCAUAGAUGCUGCCCGACCUGCUGAAUUCCUCCAGCAUUUUGUGUGCGUUGCUCACGAUCUCCUGCAUCUGCAGAAUCUCUUGUGUAUCUGUCGUGGUCUGUUCGCGAAUCAAACCAGCCUUACGCGGUAAAGGACGAUAAUUACCGGGGCGUCCCACUCAAAAGGCCAAUCAAGGAAUUCGCUUAUCAAACUCAGCCGCGAUGAGGUUAAUUAGGUCACGUCUCGCAGGAGGCGGGCUCGUUUCGAUGUAAGGAGACCGAGGUUGAAUCUGUGCUCUCACCCCGCAGUCGGGCGUGUGGCAGAGUGGAGUGGAGUGGAGUGGAGUGAAGUAGAACUCGGCUAGCCCAGUGACAUGUCGCCCUUCCUCGGGUUAAGAAGCGAGGGCUGGGCCGGUCUCCUGUGCCUAGAGCUCGUCCUGUGCCAGCCCGUACCAGGUCAAACAGAAUUUAAACUUGGAAGAUUUCAGGAAAUACCUUUAAUAGGGAACACAUCGUUUGAAGCCUCUUUGUGGAACAUUCCUAACAAUGUAACAUUCAUCAACAUCCAAGUGCACACCCAGUACGUUAAUACAACUCUAUCGCUGGAGAGCUCUGGAAGAGGCCCGUUGGUGAUGGGUGCUGACCUUGGCUUGUUGCUGAACCUAAAGCCAAGACAGAGUGUGUUCAAGUGGCAUCUCUACACACAGGCUCAAAGUGCUUCCGCAGUAUCAGUCCUUCUCCCGUACAGUGCACAAGAUCCAGUCCCAGGUGGAUGCAAUUUGGGGUCAAACAUGGCGAUUGAUCCCAAUCUAUACUUGGAAUACGACCUGUAUGAAGCCACAAUUAGUUUUUCUCCAGCCAAUGUUGGCUAUGCAAGGGGAGCACCUCCACCUCCAUGUGCAAACACUGGGAGACUCCAAUAUGAUGUCUAUCAGUAUUUCCUUCCAGAGGGCGACCUGUCGGAAGACGCCCUCUUCACGUCUCUCCAGAAGAUGGUUGAAGUUCAGAAGAUGGAAGAAAAUGGAGUCAAGUUGUGCAGCCUGGGUACACAAGACAAGACCACGUUCACCGUCUCCUCGAUACGUGGCCAAGGGGUGAUUUAUAAUGUUGUUGUUAAGGAUCUGGAGUUGAAUACGUCUGCAGCUUACACACUCGUUCACACGUAUGGGUGUAGCUUCACAGCCCAACUGGACAGCUGCCACACGCUGAGAAGAAAUUCAACGAAAGCCUUUUUUGUUGUAGUUGGACUUGUCGGAUUGUUUGUUUGUUUCUUUGGGCAUAGGUAUCUGAAGACGGAGUUCUUCUUCAUGGGAUUUUUAAUCCUGGGAUGUCUAUCCUUCAUUUUUUUCAUGCGGACAUUUUCACUGGAUUAUGAUGUGAUGCUGAGUCUGACUGCCAUCCUGGGCCUUGUUGGGGGAACACUGCUGGUACUUUGCUGGUGGCGUUUUGGAUCUGUUCAUUUCUCCAUGCUGUUCGUUGGCCUGGUUCUCGGUUUCCUCUUCUCGAUGGUCAUCUUCACACCAGUGGGAAACAUUGAAGUCUUCCAGGAUGAUUUUGUCUUCUGGGUGUCGUUUACAUGUUUGGCUUUACUUGUACCUCUGGUGUCCUUCAGUUGUCCACGAGCCUUGAAUAUAACAGCCUGUGGAUUGAUUGGCUCCUACACAGUCAUCCUCGCGAUCCAUGCCUUUGUGUUCACCAGCCUUGCCUACAUCGCAUUAAAUGUUCUCAAGCACGCACUGGAUGAUGACUUCAAAGCUGCCUUCACGAAUGUGCCCUUCCAGCUGAAUGAUUACAUCUUGCUGUCAGUGUGGGUGGUCUUGUUGGCGAGCGGAAUGGUCUUCCAGUUCGUACGUGAGAAAGACCAGCCGGUUUUCCCGCCACAUCCGUAUCAAACCUGGAAGUGUAAACAGGAACGCCGCAAAACGAAUGUCUUGGACCCCAGUCAUCACAUCCCUCCGCUGAAAGAUCGGCUACGGAAUAAACUGACUGCUUUCAAGCAGAUCUUCGUCAAGCCACCACCUAGAGGUGAACAAACCCCUCUGCUCCUGUAGCCCAUAGGCAAGCAACACCGAGUGAAGGGAUAUCUGCACCUUCUGCAGUGAGACCUGCCACUGUCGUGUAACCAGGUGUAAAGGUGGACCUUUCUGAGUUGAUUUCGUCAAGGAAACUUCUGAACGUUUACAAUGAGCUAAUUUUCUUUGGAAUAUCUUGACUGAUUUACUGACUCGUGGGGUGAGACUUGCACCUGUCCUAUAGAUUUAGAAUUUUAGUGAUUUUUGGAGCCGGAAUACUAAGUGCUGCAAGACACGGGGUUUAAAUCUGAUGGCUCCUGUGCACACUGUUAAUAUUGUUACAAAGCAUAUUCUGAGAACAUGAAACUUUCCUUCUCCUCCCUCAGGAAUAAAGGUUGAAUAUUGCAAAGACCAGCUAUGUAUAUUAGAAAUGUGCAGUGUAAUGGACAAUAAUACCUCACUGAAUUUCUAAAACAAUAUUUCUGACCUUGGUACUACGUUAACUAGAAAUAACUUUUAGAAAUUUUGAUCUUUAGUAUUUAAUGUUGCUUUAAGGAUUAGGUCUAUAAGGUUCUAUUAACUUUUUUUGGUUAAGAUAUUAACACUGCCCUAUGGCGCAGGGAUCUUGAGUGAAAGUUGCUAUAGACAUUAUUAGUAAGAUAUUUGUAGCCUUUUUCCAUCCUCUUCAGCUGAAGUCCAACACUGCCUGACAAGUUUACAGCAGCCCAUGACUGGGUCGUGGUUUGGAGGGGGAGGAUUACAAAUGCACAUUGCAUAAGUAAGACUGAGCUUCCUGUAGUAAAACUGACCAAGUGUCUGGGACCAUUGAUGGGAUGUUCUCUACACCUUCUGCUCCUGUGGUCUAAUGGAGGUAUCUGUGCAUUCUAUCAUGGCAAUGGAGGAUAUCCAAGUGAAUGUUACAAUCUUGUCUAGAAAGUCAUGAACACAUGAAAUACUAUUUUGUAUAAAUUUUCUAUUAUAUUAAAAUUGUAA